AUGGCGGGUUUCGAAGACACAGGAACGGAGCCGUGGCCAGAGAUUCCCAUUGGAAACAAGAACCAUGGCAAUGCAGCUGUGGUCAUCAUUGGAGGAGGGAUCUCUGGCAUAUGUGUUGCCAUUGACCUGUUGAAGAGGAACAAGUGCCGGAACUUCAUUAUCAUCGAGAAGAGCUCAAGUUUGGGUGGUACAUGGCUAGACAACAAAUACCCAGGUUGCUGCUGCGAUGUCUGGAGUAUGCUCUACAGCUACAGCUUCGCACAGAACCCAGACUGGUCGCGCGAAUACCCUGGCCAAGAAGAGAUCCUCUCCUACCUGAUUAAAGUUGCCCAAGAGUACAAGCUGCUCCAGCACUUUAGAUUUAACACUUCAGUUCAAGAUGCGACUUGGGAUGAUGAGGCGAAGAAGUGGAAGAUCAACGUCAAGACCGCUCCGGGGAGCAAAGAGGCGGAAUACAACCCAGAAUACGAGAUCAAGGCAGACUUCCUUGUCAGUGCUGUUGGACAGCUGAACGUUCCGCAGUGGCCCAGCAUUGAUGGCAUCGAUACUUUCCCUGGCAAGAAGAUGCACUCUGCGAGAUGGGAUUGGUCGUAUGACCUGAAAGACAAGAAGAUUGCUCUAGUUGGAAAUGGCUGCACCGCUGUUCAGAUCCUCCCUGAAAUCGCCAAAGUCGCCAAGCACGUCACGAUCUUCCAGAGGACUCCCAACUGGGUCGUUCCCCGUCUGGAUGGGCCAGUGUCGCCCUUCUGGCGUGGCAUGUACAAAUACGUGCCUGGUGUCAUGGCUCGCAAACGAGCGGCUUUGAUGGAUUUCCGAGAGUGGACUUGGGGAUUUGUGAGUGAGGCAGGCGGUCAGACGGCGCAGUUGUUUGCGGAUCAGUCGAAGCAGAUGAUGGAGCGGCAGCUUCCCGACCGUCCUGACCUUUGGGAAAAACUCACUCCAAAGUACAACGUCGGCUGUAAACGCAUCAUUAUCUCAGACGACUACUUCCCAGCCAUCGCCCAAGAGAACGUCUCCCUCGAAACUCGAAACAUCCACAGCGUACAAGGAAGCAGCGUCAAGGUCGCCGGUUCAGAUGGCAACCCCGUGUCCACCUCAGCCGACGAUUACGACCUUCUCGUCUGCGCAACAGGAUUCAAGACCGUCGACUUCAUGCACCCCAUCAAGCUAAAGGGAAAAUCCGGCCGCCCAAUCGACUCAGUCUGGCAAGACGGCGCCCGCGCUCUCUACGGCAUGACCGUCGAAGACAUGCCCAACUUCGGCAUGCUCUACGGUCCGAACACGAACCUCGGACAUAACAGCAUCAUCCUCAUGAUCGAAGCGCAGAGUCGAUACAUCAACGGGCUGAUCAAACCUGUUCUGGAAGCCCGCAAGCAAGGCAAAGCGCUCAGUCUGACGCCGACGAAAGAGCGGAUGGAGGAGUUCAACGCUCAGUUACAGAAAGAGCUCGCGAAUAGUGCUUUCAACGAUCCGAAUUGCAAUUCGUGGUAUAAGAAUGAGAAGGGUGUGAUUACGAAUAACUGGAGCGGGACGGUGGUGGCGUAUCAGAAGAUGGUGGAGGACGUUAGGUUUGGCGAGUAUGUCGCCGAAGGGAGCGGGAAGGAUGUGGUGGAGGGCAAGGGCACGUUGCAUGUAGGAAGAGUGAAGGAAGAGACGAGUGUGAGCGAUAAGACGCUGGUGCUGAUGGGAGCCGCGAGCACGGCGGCGUUGGUGGGUGGGUGGUUGCUGAGGAAUUCGAGAUAUCUCCAGAGUGUGAGGGCUAGGUAA